AUGGCUAGCAUUCCAGAAUUCAACACUUCAGCUCCAAAUGGAGGAAAUCCAUUAGAGGUUGACGUCAAUGCCCAAUUUGCGGGGUUCGAGUUCAACUACACCUACAUCGUCUUUUGUGGAUUCAUUGUGUGGCUGAUCAUUCCUGGUAUUGGGCUGUUGUAUGGAGGCCUUGCGCGGAGAAAGUCAGCAUUGGCGCUGCUUUUUCAGUCACUGAUGGUUGUCGCAGUGACUACCUUUCAAUGGAUGUUUUGGGGGUACUCGUUGGCCUUCAAUAGGGAGGGCAGUCCAUUCAUCGGCAGCCUCAAGGCGUUUGGAAUGAUGAAUGUCGUUGCUGCUCCGUCCCCCAGCUCUGCUGUGCUUCCAGAGAUUGUGUACUGUCUUUACCAGCUACUGUUUUGCGCUUGCACGGUCAUGAUUGUUGUUGGUGGUGCUUUUGAGCGUGGUAAUAUUGUGCCCUCGUUGAUAUUUAGUUUCUGGUGGGCGACAGUUGUAUACUGUCCGAUUGCUUGCUGGACAUGGAAUAGCAACGGGUGGCUUUACAACCUCCCAGCGCUGGAUUUUGCAGGAGGAGGACCUGUACAUAUCUCAUCAGGGUGGGCAGCACUUGCGUAUGCGUUUGUGCUUGGGAAACGCAAGCAUUCCGGUGAGCCUACCCAUGGAAAACCGCACAAUACAACGUUGGUCUUCCUGGGCACGAUCUUGAUUUGGUUUGGAUGGUUUGGAUUCAAUGGAGGUUCUGCUCUCAAUGCAUCAAUACGAGCUAUGUUGGCUGCCUUCAACACCAACACUGCCGCCUGUACGGGUGUCCUCGGAUGGGUUUUGGUCGACUAUGUGCGAUACAAGGGGAAAUUCUCCGUGGUGGGAGCUUGUGAAGGCGCAAUUGCUGGACUGGUUGGUAUUACCCCUGCAGCGGGUUAUGUUUCUGUCUGGCUAGCCGCGGUCAUCGGAUUCAUCACUUCAGUUGUCUGCUCCCUUCUCCAAAACGUGAAUGAAUGGCUGGGAAUCGAUGAUGGGAUGGAAGUGUUCAAGCUCCAUGGCAUUGGUGGAAUCUGCGGUGCCUUUUUGACAGGGCUCUUUGCGACCUCAUCUGUGUCUGCGCUGGACGGUAGCUCCCUCAGUCCCGGUGCCAUUGAUGGGAACGGCAAACAGGUAUAUCUGCAGCUGGCAGAAAUCGCGGCGAUUUCCGGCUACUCGUUCACUGUCUCUUGCAUAUUACUGUACAUCAUCAAAUUCAUCCCCGGUAUGAACCUGCGUGUGGCCGAGGAAGCCGAGAUGAUUGGGCUGGACAGGGCACAGUUCAUCGACGAGCAGAUUGGGGAUUGGAGUAUGUUCGAUACGUACAAUGGAGAAGCGAGCACGAGUACGUCACCAGGUACGAGUGUGAUCCCUAUUGAAACAGCUGCAGAGGGGAAGACGGCCUGA